AUGACCGGUGACCAAGAGACUCGCCCGGCUUGGUCCCGGGCUCUUCUCAAGGUGACGGAUGAGCUGGGUCUUGCUUCUGUGUGGCAGUCAUCGCGGGAUGUGAAGCUGCUCUGUCUACAGCGCUUCGUCCGCCUCUUCGCCUACGGUGGAUCGACCUUGAUUCUAGUAUCGUACCUAUCCGCUCUGAAUAUCUCGGAAGACCGCGUCGGUCUCUUUAUGACUCUUACCCUAGCAGGAGAUGUGGUCAUCAGCUUCUUUCUCACCCUCUAUGCGGAUAAAAUGGGAAGGAAGACUGUUUUGGCUCUUGGUUCGGCGUUGAUGGCGUCCAGCGGUGUUAUCUUCGCCUUGUUCUCGGAUUACUGGAUUCUGCUGGCCGCUGCCGUUUUUGGCGUCAUUAGUCCGAGCGGAAAUGAAAUUGGUCCGUUCCGCGCUGUGGAGGAGUCUACGCUCGCUCAUUUGACACCGCAUGAGAUCCUCAGUGACAUCUUCGCGUGGUACUCUUUGAUCGGAACCGCAGGAACCGCUUUAGGGAUGAUUACCAGUGGAUGGAUCAUCAACUGGCUCCAGGCAUCUAAAGAGUGGGAUUUCAUCUCGGCUGCUCGAGCCAUUUUCUAUAUCUAUGCCAUCAUCGGAGGCAUCAAGUUCAUCCUCUCGCUUGCAUUGACUUCCAAAGUUGAGGCUGAGAAGAAGAACAAGAAGCCUCAGAGACCGCAAACCCAGCAGCAGACACCUAAUGAGACCGAGCCAUUACUGGGUGAAGCUGCCGACGAGGCACCCGCCCAGCCACAGAGAAAGAUGCCGUUCCUGGCAUCUCUCGAUAAGCAACUUGCCUCUCUUUUCGUUCAGCUCGCUGUUCUAUUUGCCUUGGAUGCGUUUGCGUCCGGUCUGGCACCACUGUCAUGGGUCACCUACUUCUUCAAGAAGAAGUUCGACAUUCCCGAAGGAAAGCUGGGUUCGAUCUUCUUCACUACAAGCAUCAUUUCUGCGGCAUCUAUGUUGGUCGCUUCCUCCAUCGCAAAGCGGAUUGGCAAUGUCAAGACCAUGGCUUUCACACAUCUUCCAUCCGCAGUGUGUCUGGCUAUGAUCCCGAUUCCAUCCUCACUGCCGCUUGCCUUGAUGUUUCUCAUCCUGCGUUCGUGUACCCAAAGCAUGGACGUCGCACCACGGUCCGCCUUCCUGGCCAGCGUUCUCCCGUCGGACAAGCGUACGGCCAUUAUGGGUGCGAUCAACGUUGUCAAGACCUGCGCCCAAAGUCUUGGUCCGUUCCUUACCGGUAUCCUCGCUAGCGUGAACCUCUUUUGGGUCUCUUUUGUCCUGGCGGGAUCGUUGAAAGCCAUCUAUGAUGUUGGCAUCUUGAUCAGCUUUGCGGAGCACGAGAUGAAGCGGAGGAAGUCUCUGCAGCAACGGACGGAGACUGAACGCGAUGGAGAGGGAGAUGCAGCAUAA